GGCCGAUCUUCCAAGGUUCUCGCAUUCCGCAAGCAGACCAUGGGCUACAUUGGCGUCAGCGGGGCUCCGCUCAUCCUCAUGCUGGGCGACUCGAUCACGGAGAUCGCAUCGGACCCCCGCCGCCAGGGCUUCCAGGCGCAGCUCAUGGCCGACUACGUGCGCAAGGCCGACGUCGUGAACCGGGGCAUCUCGGCAUGGACGACCACAAAGUGGCUGCGCGUGCUCCCCGACCUGAUUGCCGAGUGGAAGAACAAGCAGCCGAUGCUUGUCGUGAUCUUCCUCGGCGCCAACGAUGCGUCGCUGCCGGACGGUCCAUCGCACGCCAGCUACGCGUCGAUCGCCGACUACAAGGCCAACCUGCGCCGUCUGAUCGCGUCCUUCAGCGACGCGUAUCCGCAGUGCAAGUACCUCCUCUUGACGCCGCCGCCCGUCGACAACCGCGCGUGGAGUCCAGCCGAUAAGCUCGACGCGGUCACGGCCAUGUACGCAGCCGCCUGCAUGGACGUCGCCGGCGAGCUCCAGAUUCCAGCCAUCGACUUUUACAGCGCAAUGCAUGGGCAAUGGGAUCUCUUUGGUGACGGCCUCCACUUCAACGCCAAGGGCAUGGUACGUGCGCACGAGAUGAUCACGUCUGCGAUCAAGCACGCGUACCCGCACAUGACGCCCGACGCGCUGCCGUACGAAUUUCAAAUCUAAUCGCACCAGAUAAUGUUUCUGCCAGAUUGCAAUACCACUACCAACCAGAUUCAGACCGUGAAAGGUCAUUAUUGUUGAAUCAGACUAGAAUACAAACGGAA